AUGGAUGUUGAUCAAUUAUUGAACUAUCAUUUAUUCUUUUUUGGUUCAACACCAACUGAUAGGUGGAUUAAAAAUGUUGUAUAUUCAACUCCACACUGUGACUCUGAAAACCAUAAAGAGAAACUUCAUACUGCAGGACAAAACUCUUUUUGGCAUAUUCAUACAAAGAUCAAUCUGUUUCUACGGACUGAACAUGAUUGGGUGGAGAUACAUUUGACCUUUGGGGCUGUUAAGAUGUUUGUUCCUGCAAUGUUUCAAGUCAUAUUGAAUAUGAAACAAUCCCCUCACAAGUUGGAAAAGGAGGAAAAGAAGAGGCCAAUUGGCCUUCAAGGCCUUGUUGGUUGGCAGGAAAUGGACGAAUGGAGUUUGUUUGAAGCGAACAGAAAGAAUAGCUGUGUCCCAUUAUUGGCAGCAUCCGUGCUUCAUGGUCUAAAUAUUGGUUAUGAUAUAAAUAUAGAUGUCUAG